AUGUGUUUACCCUCUGGGUGUUCCAUGGUUUCACUGGCACAAUCAGGGACAAUCAGGAACCUGGUCCAGCCGGGCCAACGCGCUCAAGGCAUCCCAGUCGAGUUGCCUCAAAUCAGCGUCGGAACUGACGAACUCUCCCCAGGCCCAUGGGCAGUGAUUAUCAAAAAGAUGAACUGGCCCGUUACUCGCCGGGGCACGCGCUAUAUGUCGGACUUUCUGGUGAUCUACAUCGGAAUGCUAAGCCUCCGUGAGAUUGUGAACGCGAAGAACGUUAUCGCACCUAAUUCCGAUGUCCCUCAGCUGGACCAGUUGAUAACCACUAUCAUCCGUCCCCUACAGGAGAGAGAAGAACAGACUCUCAACCAGGAGGUCCAACUCCAGCAAGGAUACGAGACGAUCAACACACUUGUGCUGGCGCUCAAAGUGGUAAUUGAACAGAGCAAAGCCGCUCUACCUGCCGACUCCACUGCUUCCAACCCGGUUUCUUUGGCAUUGGCGAUCUGGACUCGGUCGCCGACAACCUUCGCCAGCAGAAGAACCUCCAAGACCGUUCCGAUGGGAGCCGAUGCUCAUUUUACAAGAACAAAGGCUGAUGAACAGGCCAAGACUGACGGAGACGCAAACAGGCUGAGAAAAGAGAUGAAGAGACAGAAAAAAAGCAAAGAGGGCAGCAAGAGUCACAAAGUUGAGGAAGAUGGGGCAUCCCUGAAGAAGUGUAUCGAGAGUUGCGAGCGGGAACUGGAGCAUGCCAAGCAUGAAACCAGACGCAGACGACGGCAUUCCCAUGAGGCCGUCACCACUGGCGUAAACCGUCUAGUGUGCGAAGUACCAAUCGAAGGUGGUUGGAGAUCUGUUGACUAUCACUAUGCGACCAUGCGAACAUGGCAGAGAAACACAUGGGUGGGGUUACAAUCUCGGUUCUAUGGGAACUCCUCGCUGCUACGACGAGAACGAAAUGCAUAUUGUUCGCCGAGCUCCAACAACACAGCGACUGUAACAACACAGCGACUGUGCUCAAAGUGUGGAGUACGAUGCAAGGCUGCAUGGGACCUCCAAGACCACUACCAGGCACAACACCCUGGAGAUAAGAUUCCAGAAUGGAUUCCUUUGACUCUAGCCCCCCUACCUGGGGAGUUUGUGUAUGGCAUAUGCUCGAUCUGCAAACUGCAAGUCAAGCGUACGGGACUAACCAUCAAGGGCCAUAAGGCAUCCCAUGGCUGUCACUUGGCAAUGGUGAGCAACCGGAUAAGAGUACGUCCCCAUGCACCGGCGGAGGGUCAUCCUCCGCUGUUGUCGUCGAUACUGACUGAAGUCGGUGCCCAGAUGAGGAUCAAGUACAAACCGGGCAAGCAAAUUCUCGUGCAGUGGUGGGAAUAUGAUUCACGACUAUUUUGA